UAACAGUUACUCACUUCAGACUUUAAACAGCAAACCACCGAGUUGCAGCAAGGAUAGUCACUGCGAAACAUGCCAAGGACUAACGUCUGUAUUUUAAAUUUUGAAACAUAAACUCAGUCAAAUUGUGCUAAACUUGCUGUGAUGCUAAGUCAGACCCAAAAGACUAAAUGGCGUGUAGAAGUGCACCAGGUUCCUGAUGAUUCAGUUCUGUUCUUCAUUAUGCAUAUUGCAAAUUGAUGACACUAGAGGCCUCGCACAGGUGAUGCUCGGAGAUGUGUUAUUUGGACUGUAUCUCAGAACACUGCGUAGGGACAUAGAUCAGGUCAUCUCUUUGGAUAAUAUGCAUACAGAUCAACUUUCUUUGUAUUGGAAAGUAAAUUACACCAAGGAUUCAUUUAAUCCAGACUGUCAUCAUUAUAAGUGGCGGACCAACACCAGUGUUUCUUGAAUAGUUUGUUUUCAAUGGAAUUUAACUCUUUCACACUCAGCCCAGACUUGGCUGUGAAUCACCAAGCAUGGGGAGGUGUUUGUGUACACAAAGGUUUCCAUCACCCACCUCCUGAGGGCCUGACCUGAAACAUUAUGUUGGUGAAAAGAUGACAUGUAAAUGCUUGGGGGUUUUUCUGCCUCUUACCUUUAUGUCAUACCACCUUUGCAGCUGACAUGUUUUUUACACAGAUCAUACCCCAAAUGCCUUAUUUAUCCUUCAUGGUUGGAUUCUUGACUACUUGAUCUCAAGGUGAUCCAACCUAGGCCACCAUAUAGACUGGAUCCUAGUUUUGGGGCACCUUCCUCCUCCACAGCUGCUUCCCCAAUACAGGCAUAUCAGGUAGUGUUCCUAGAAGGUCAAUGCUUCGAGUUGUACCUUUUCCUAUCACAAUGCAGUAGUUCAGGUCGUAGUGGGAGGCAUUUUCAGGAGCAUGGGCCACUCCAACUGCUUGUAUCUCCUAAGGAACAGACUGCAGACUCCAUCAGCUCCUACUGUCCUAUUGCUAGGUCCAGCUCAUAGACAGAUCCACACUUUAUUACAGGCUAAGCAAGCAGAGAAAACAUUUCUUUACCUGUAUUCUCUUCCCACUGUGCUUGAAUUGAAAGUGCAUUUGUGUGACUGUACACGUGUACUCCAGAGCAGCAUAGUUUGUAGCAGGUACGUGAGUUGUCCAAGUAAAAGAAGUGGUGCUGUUCAAUGUUGGAAGCAGGUUGAUGGGAGAUGAUAGCAGUUAUUUCUGUGGCAUACGUUUCUUUCCAAUUAAACAUUCUAAGAAACACAGCUGUGAAACUGAGAAUAUCAACAUAUUCUGUAAGUAUGAAAUGUCUCCCCUGUUGUAGACUUGUUUUCUUACAUAUUGGAAGUGUAUUAAUUGAUCUUUGUCAUAAAAAUGUAAAUCUGUGUUAACGUUUUUUACACCAGUUCUGUCAAACACCUUCACUGUUCUUGUGACUGUGCUUGUGUUCCUGCAGUACCCCUGAAAGUCACUCUGCUUGGAUCAGUAACAGAUACUUUGGGAUUGAGUUUACAAACCGGUCAGCCCCCUGUUGCUGCAGGACGGUGUCGUGGCUGAUGCUGAACUGCUGUCACAUCUUUGACAGUAUCUGUCUGUCCAUGAACAGUUUCUGCUCUUGCUGCCUUUAGCAGGUCUCUAGCAGAGGAAAGCAAGCCUGUGCAGGCCUCGAGAGCAGACAUCAGAAGCCCCCCAGCUCCCAGGGAGCCCUUCAGUUCGAGGGUGCAGCGCUGUGCUCCGCAGGUGGGGUCCUGCAGGUACCCUGGAGGAGUUUCCCUCUUGCUGCCCCUGCAGUGCUGCACGUGAUGAUUAACCUGACAGCGUUGCCAGCCACUUCCAGAACACUGGCCUGCUUCACCCUGGAGUUUUAAUGUAGUAGGUAUUAGGUCUUAGGUUUAACAUAUCUGUACAUACCAUACACAUUCUGAGUAUUUCUGAUUUAUGUGGGAUCUGCGAUCUCUUCUGUUGCUUAUUAGAAUACUUCACAUUUAUUCCAUGAGUCUGUGACUUCCAGUAUCCAACCAGCCGUUGAUACUUCCCUAGUACAGUUUGUCACUGCUAAUGGAUCGGAUUCCUUGGAUUCCUGUAUGUUAGCAGACAGCAAAGCAUACUUAUGUAUCCGUAGCUUGCCAGAACCAAGAACUACCUCAUGAUCUCACUGCUCACAGGAGUAUCCUGUCUUUGCUUAACUUCUAGUUACAUCUGCUGAAUUCCAGGUCAACUUAAUCCCUUGGCUAAAGAACAGUUCCUGAUAGGCAACAAUUAGUUGUGGAUGCUUGGUCAAUUUGCUGUGGUUCAUCCUCAUCAAUUUGUGUUUUAAAAGUGAAACUUACUUAAUUCUUUGGAAGAGUCAGUGCAUUUACUCACAGAAUCCCCAGCAGAAGGUGGCAUUUCCCUGGAUCCUUGAGGUAUGUGAGUCGUAGGACGAAUCUUACAAACCCUGCUUCAAUUCUGUAGCAUUUCCCUUCAGCACAGAUGCUGCCCUGCACAGCAGGCCAGCUGCUCUCCAUCCCCUCCUGAGGUGGCAAACACCUCAUUUGAAGAACAGAAGCCAGGCAGGAACUUCUAGAUUCCACAUGAGGCAGCUAUCUCUAUGUUAGGCACUGUAGCAUCUGAUUUUUAGUACCAAAGUACAUUAUUUGGAUCUGGCUUCACAACUUCAUAAUAUCACUUCAUUCUGCCAACAAUAGCUGACUACUUGUUGCACAGCCACUAAGAGUAGGAAGUACCUUAUUUUUAAUAUAAUGAUUGCCUCUUGCCUAAUGUAUAGCAAGUGACAAUCCAUGCUUGAAAUCUAAUACUUUCCCUAGACAAGAUAACAAAGGAAAUUCUACUUCCAUGUUGCAGAUGAAAACAAGUUUUCCAAAGUUAUGCAAAAGUCUGGUAGAGGAAGGGACACCACCACUACAAAAUCUGAUGCAGAACCUGGUUCACGCAGCUGCCUCCCCUAUUCCUCCCACAGCUGUCUUCUUGCAAUGUAGAUAACGUUUUCUUGUGAUGUGAAUUCUGUAACUACUUUGCUAAUUUUAGCUCUCACAUACCACCUAAGUGUUGAUUUUCCUGUUGACAAAGAAUCAAAUACCUUUUUUUCCAUAUGUCAGGUUAAAAAACUCUUUCCUCUCUGAGAAGCACUUUAAAACAUCUCUCACAGAUAGCUGACAAGGGUUUGUUUUUACACCCCACAGAGUCACACCUGAUACUUACUACAUUUGGUUGUCUUGCCACAAUCUGACAGUACUGCUGCAGGUCUUGCUGGUCUUGUCAUUUUAACCUGCCUUGUCUUUUUAACCACCAUGGCAGUGAUUGAAAGCGUGCUAAACUGAGUUUAGUUGAGCUAGUCCUAAGAGCCCCAUUAUCAAAUGCUCGCAAGACCCCACCAUGGACUAGUUUGGUAAUAACAUCAGCCCAGCUGUGUAUCUUAGGGUUUUUUACUUAGAGGCAUUCUAGUAUAAAACCAAUUUGAUUACAUAUUGUUUGUCACUGGAAUGCAAUAACUCAUGAUACUUCUGAUAUAAUUUGUGUUUCAUUCUGAAGCCAAACUCAUGACUUGAAUAUUUAUUCAAAGUGCAAGGCACUGGCAGAUGUGAGGAAGUAAUUGACAUCAAAGCCCAUUCAAUUAGAAUUGUUAAAGCAGGUGCAUAAAUGCUGUACUAGCAAGUUUGGGUCAUUAAAGAACUCCUAUUGAUAAUUUAAAAAAAAAAAAAGUAAACAAACCCAGAUGUUAUAGACAGGUAAACUUCUGGAGAAAUGCUCAAUAUAUGCAAGAAGGUAUAAUUCUCUUCUGGAGUGCUCCUUUGGGUCAGUAUAAUAAAUAAAUAAAUAAACUAGAGAAAACCUCAGCUGGCUUUUAAGACAUGAACAUUGGAAAAUGGAGCCUCCCACCAGUUACUCAGCUCGGUUAGUAAUAAGUGAACGUUGUCGUGUAUUUGUGACAACUACAUUUGAAGAUGUGGGUAGUUUUCAGCCGGAGUCACAGCGCCGUCCCACCUGACAGCCGUGGGAGCAGCAGGAAGUUGAGCAAGAGGUCGGGACUGGGCUGAAAAUUCCAGCUCAACAAAACUGCUGAGUGCGGGGCCGUGGGAAUGUGCUGCUGCAGGAAGUGCCCAGCCACAGCUGAAGGUGAAAAACUCCAGAGAAGUAACCAGUUAUUCCGGCAUUUGGUUGGUGUCCAAGGACUCAAGGAGGACACACAGCAGUACAGAGUCCUGCCUAAUAGCUCAUCAUUUGAAAAUUAAGGCAGAACAGCAGGAACAGGUUGUCUGAAAAAGUAAAUUUCAGUUCCCUUGUAAAACCUUUUAUUACAUAUAAUUUUUAGGGCAAAACUGGACCCAUACACAGUUAGAUGCAUUCUUUCCCCUUGUUUUCCCAUGAAGCAAAUAGUCCAAAAGGUGUCACAGUUUCUUCCCAGUACCCAAGGGAAAGAAGUGUCCUUUCUUCCUGCUUUUACCCAAUUCUUUGCAACACAGAUUUCAAUCUCACAUGACUUUCAGAGAUGCUCUGGUCAUCUUCCCACAACAGAGAAUUUAGGUAUGUGCCAGAGGGACAGUAAGCAGGGAAAAGGGAGGGGAAAAAGCCCAUAAGUUUAACUAUUAUUAUUGUUGAAAUAGCACUACUGCUAAAACAGGGAGGUCCUAAGGAAAUCUAUGAAUUGUGAUAUUUUAAAUAAUAACACACUUUGGAUAUUUUUCUAUCUUUUGAUCUUAUAGCUACAUUAAUAUCAUAUUUUUCAGCUUUUCCUUGCCACAGGGGGUUUAAGAAAGUCAUUGUUACUUUAAUGGUACUUGAAAGUCUCAUGAUUUUUGAGGCAAGAAAUACAGAAAACUGCCAAAGUUUGAAAGUUUGACACUGAAAACAAGAGUGAUCUGUAUGGUAAAAUACAUGCAGAUUAUAAAGAACUCCUAAAUUAAAAGCUCUCAAAAUUUACAGUACUGUUUCCAAUUAAUACAAAAGACCUAGGGCUGAAUAUGAACAAAAAGAACAGAAAGAGGAAUGGGUUACAAUUACGUAUUGCAAACUGUCCCACUGUGGCAGAGGUACAGCUGUAAGGCUCUCCGAGUAGGUCGUUCUGCCAGGAGUAUUUGUAGCAUGUACACUGGCAAAUUAAUUUAUUAUAAACUUUUAUCAAAAGCAUGUUAAGUACAAAAAAAGGGAAAAACUAAAAAUUUAGAAAAUUUUUUAAGAAUGUAUUUUAAACCUAAUCCUUGACUAGCGAGACCUGGCCAUAUCACCACUUCUGAUGUUUUUUCCUUCUCACUCCCUGCAUCUGCUACCGCACUACAUAUUGUAAUAAGUGAAAUCCUGUGUGCUGCGACGAUUGUAAAAUCCUGGCAGCAGGGUCACUGCUCGGUAUUCGCUGGCUGUGCUUUUUGCUGCCCUCUCUGUUGGUGUGUUUCUUCCUUAGAUCUUGCGAGAUCUUUGACACUUUCUCCAUCUCCACUUGUACAGCGCCCAGUGCAGCCGGGAGCAGGGCUGGUGCAGCUCCUAGGGGCGCCUAUGCUUAAAUAUACCCAUAUGGGCAAACCAAGCGCUAGCCGCCUGCCCUGGAGAGGUGGCCACAGCCUGUGCUGCCAGGCCGGUGGCUCUGCCGGGCCCCGCUCCCGGCCCGCGCACGCCUGGCCGCUCUGCCCCAGCAGUUGCACAGCCUGGCGGCAAUACCAGCUGCGCGUAACACGCAGGAAGGCAUCGUUCGCCUCCAUCGCAUGAAACUCGUAAUUUGGCAACCCGGCUGGGGCAAUGCGCGCUCAUGGAAAGGAAAAUCUGAUUUGCAUGUGGGGCCGGGGCAUGACGUCAGCAGGAAGCAGCGGCGUGUGGUCUAACCCUGCCAAGAAACGCUCGCCUGUGUCACUCGGCUCUUCCCGCAGCGAGGAGCGAGUCGGGCCGGGGAGGGGGGGCAGGCUGUCGAGGCCGGCCCCUUUGAGAAGAGGAAGUUUUCUGGAGAAAAUCCACUCGGCCACAGGCGGAGGGUGGUGAGCGCGCUGCCUGCUGCAGUGGCCGCUGCCCGCGGCGUGCGCCAUGCGUAGCCGCUGCUGAUGGCCGCGCCGGGGACCGAGGGCUCACCGGAGAGGGGCUGCGAAGCAAUGACCCUGCAGCGGCCGCCCCUGGCCCCGAGAGGGGGCUGCCCCCCGGCGCUGUACAUCCACAGCAUGCCUGCCUGGGUGCUGGAGGACUUCUGCCAGAAGAUGGACUGCCUGAGUGACUACGACUGGAUGCGAUUCGCCUCCUACGUGAUAACUGAUCAAACAGAGCUACGGAAGAUCAAGUGUAUGGAGAAGACAGGGAUCAGCAUAACAAGAGAGCUCAUGUGGUGGUGGGGCGUGCGGCUGGCGACGGUGCAGCAGCUCCUGGACCUCCUGCAUGGACUGCAGCUCUACCGGGCGGCUCAGGUCAUUCUGGACUGGACAUCAGCCUCUAAUAUUGCCACCUCUGAAAAAGAAUUGCUGGUAGAGCCACCUAAACAGGAGAAUGUAUCUUUAACUCCGACAGAAAACAAAAAGAGAGAGAGAGAAAAGGAGAUAAGUCUGUUGCCAUCACCGGACUCUUCACAUCUGGGAGUACCACCAGCAGGCAGUGCUGUUUCAGAAGGAGCCUUGUACUCACUGCCUUUUCCACCACCUCCCCCUAGAGACCUUCUGAAAUCCUUACAGUCAAAUCCUUCUGUCUCAUCAAGUGUGAAGCCUUGCAGCUCUUCUACUCCUCAGCAGGAGACAAUGACUGACCUCCCCAGCGGGAGCCUUUUGUGGACCCAGAGGGAAGUUACCAAUGCCACUGACGGUUUCAGUGACAAAAGCAGAAUCUGUGAAGGUAUUUUUGCGGAUGUCUACAAAGGUCAGAGAAACAACAUAGUGUAUGUCAUCAAAAGACUGAAAGAGGUGGAAUGCACAAACCCAAAUUCCACCCAAAGAUUCUUUCAUACAGAAGUACAGAUUUGCUUUCGGUGUUGUCACAUCAACAUUUUGCAGCUGCUGGGUUUCUCAGUAGAAACUGGAAUGCACUGUCUGAUAUAUCCAUACCUGCCUAAUGGAUCACUACAAAACAAACUUCAGUGUCAAGAUGAUCCUGCUCCACUGACCUGGGAGAUGCGAAUUAGCAUUUCUAUAGGACUCAUCCGAGCUGUACAGUAUUUACAUAAUUUUGGAAUUCUUCAUGGCAAUAUCAAAAGCUCAAAUGUCUUGUUGGAUGAAAACUUUACACCAAAGCUUGGACAUUCAGGUCUACGAUUAUGUUCUGGUGAUAAAAAAUCAGAAUAUGCUGUCAUGAAAACCAAAGUCCUACAAGCUUCCCUUACUUAUCUGCCAGAGGAUUUUAUCAGACAUGGGCAGUUAACAGAAAAAGUUGAUAUAUUCAGCUGUGGUGUGGUCUUAGCAGAGAUACUGACAGGGAUUAAGGCACUGGAUGAAGGAAGACACCCCAUUUAUCUGAAAGAUAUGAUUUCUGAUGAAAUACAAAUAGCAAAAGAAAGUUCACACUCCAAAGUAAAAAACUUUGAAAAGGUAGCUGCCAAGGAAAUAUGCUGUAAGUAUCUAGACAGGAAGGCUGGACACUUGCUGGAAGAGGUUGCUGUUGAUUUUGCCUCGGCCAUCUGCCUUUGUCUGAGAAAGAAGAAUUCUAACAUAGCAGAGGUGCUUGAAAUUAUGGAAAUGGCUGGAAAAAAAUUAAAAGAGCAUUACAUCUGUGGAGGCAGCACUUCUGGAUUCUCCAUGAACACUCCAGAAGAAACUGAUGAUGAGACCACUAGUCUCAGCGUGGACAUGCCUUCUGCCGGGGAGACGAAGGAGGCCGGCGCGCAGCCAGCGGUCCCGACGGGUGCCAGCCCACACACACCUUUGACAGGAGCUGCCUCGCCUGACAUCUACUGCGGACAUGUGUCGAGGGUCCCUUGUGAAUCAGAUGAAUCCAGUAGUUUUAUAUGGAAUCCUUCAGAAAAAUCUGAAGAUGAGCUAUCUAGCAACAGCUGUAACAAUUCAGAAAACAUGGCAGCCUCUGAUUACAGCAUCAAGCAGGAACAACCUGCAAAUGGACUCCAGGAAAGAAAUGCAGUGUGCAGCAAAAGUGAUGGCGUCUUGGAAGCAGCGUCUACUGCACAGAGCACCUUUCAGGAAAAAACUGCAGACCUUGAGUCUUCAUGUUCUUCACAAGCAUCAGCCAGAGAGACAUCUUGGAAAAUAAAUAUAAAUGAUCAAAAAAAGAAGCUCAUGGAAAAAAUUUUGCUCUAUGAAGAAGACCAGUUAAACAGCUCUGAACUCUUUGAAUCAUAAAUGGCUUUACUAGCAGUGGCCAGCUCAGAAGAAAUAAGGACUGUCUCUUCAUUAAAGAUGGUAAAAGUGUACCUUUCAUGUAAGGUUAAGUAGCAGAUUUGGAUCAGAAGCAUUAGUCCUGACUGAAGAAAACAAAAGUGAUUAGCCUGAGAAGAAACAGGAUAUCUGUUCUAAAGCAGAUGAAAGCAGAAUGCUACUCUGUAAACAGAAAUGCCUUACCCCUUUUCAUCUGCAAUGUGAAAAGAUAUGGCAAACACAGACAAUUGCCAGAAUAAUUUAUGAUCCUUUUGCAGUGUAUUUCAGAAAGCAUCUACAAUUAAUAUAUGUCUUAUUAAAAAAACACAGUUACAGGGCAAGCACUGAUCAGCAAUUAGUUAGCAGUAUCCUUCAUUGUUAUCCCCCUGUGCACAAGCAGGCAGCUACCUUCAGGGAAAGUGGAGUAGGUUUCAGUUUUCAAAGGAAUCUCUCCUAUUCCAUACAAUCUUAGUCCACGUUCUCAAAAACACUGCAUUACCACAGAGGGGAAUUUUUAUGCAAGUUCUCGGAUGUAUUGUACAUAACUCAUUCUCAAUUUGAACUGCACUGAGCAGAGUUGUCAGUAAAGAAUUUAAGCCGUGUUAGUCUACUCUAUGAGCUGCUCUACUACAUAUAUACAGAGGACACCAUUUGAAGUCUGACCUUUAAGCUUCACUUCAGGAGCUCUGAGACAGUGUUUAAUACUUCAUAAGAGUAUUUUUGGAAAUUAUUUUUUUCUUAGUGUCCUUUACAUGUUGUUAAGGUUUCUCAUUGUGUUUCACAUGGUAACUGUUGUAUAUUUUCGAUUAGGGACAAGAUUUUAAUUUAAUAUAUCUUUUAAUUUUGUUAUAGGUGACUUGAAAUGUGAUUUGUUAUAUUUAUUUAGCAAUGGGUUAAAGAAUCUGAAAGAUGAGCUAGUAAGUGGACCUGUUUGUGGUGCCACACACUUGCCACAUGUUCUCAGAGAGGAAUCGUUUUGUGUCUCUUGGCUUACCCAGCGUUAGCAACCUUGGGGUCACCCUUGGUGAUCACGCUUAAACAAAAACCAGUAGGAACUGGUGUGCUGUCAUAUUUAUUAUCAAGUGAAAGUGCCCUUAAGAAAGUGCCACUUUUAUUGGUACGGCUAUUUAUUAUUUGUAAUAGUGUUAGCAUAUUCCACUCUUGGGCAGUCUGAGGAAAUACUGGUUUGUUGCAAACAAAAAGAAUAUUGGAACACGCAACUCAGCUUUUGGACAGGUGACUGCUGCCUCCUGAGCAUAGGUAAUAGGGCCUGACAAACAGAAAUGGCUAAAAUUCAUGAUGGAGUUCAGGGAAUACUU